AUGACUCGUUAUAUUUUAUCUACAAUUGCUGUAUUCGGAAAUUUAGGUCAUAUAAUAUCAAUUACAAUAUUAUCACAAGAACAACGUGGAUCAAAUUCAUGUUCAAUUUAUCUUCUUGCAACAUCAAUUUCUGGUUUGAUUAUCAUGAAUUGGGCUAUAAUUUUACUUGUUUAUGUACUUGAUCAUAUAGAUCUUAUGAAUACAUCAUUAACAUUAUGUCAUAUUCGUGUUUAUAUGAAACAUACUUCAUCAAUGUGUUUUCGAUAUGUAGUAGUUGUUGCAUGUACUCAUCAAUGUGGUGUUUAUGAAUUAUAUGACUAA